UGCAGUGCUCUUCAUUGACGCUGCGCUCUGGCAGACUGUGAGACAGACUCUCUGCGCAUCUGUCAAGCACCCAGUGGCAAGACGAAUAACACAGAGGAAAUAAAUGGUGAGCUUUGUCACUACUUUGUUAAGGGCAAAUAUUUCGACGGCGACGUCGCGAAGAUGGUGCGUGAAGUUGACGGCAGUCUGCGGAAAAGAGAGCACCUCGCUCGGCUUCUCCUGCUCGCGGUGGCGGCGUUUGUGCUCUUCGUGCAUGAGGUCACGACUUUUCCUGCCGGGAGAUUUGAGGAAGAAACUCUCAUGUCUGGAGUUUUAAUCGUUGGAAUUCGUAAAGAUGCCCGCUCCCAUGUGCUUCACCUUUCCAGAAACAAACGCUACACACUCACUCCAGAGAAACUUAAAUGGGACCAAUUCAAGCUCACCUACAAACUGCUGUCAUUCCCAAGGAAUCUGUUGAAUGCCAGUGACACGAGAAAAGGCAUAUCUAAAGCCUUCUCUAUGUGGAGUGAUGUCUCGCCCUUCAGUUUCCGAGAGGUUCCUUCUGACCAGGAUGCUGACAUUAAAAUCGGUUUCUACUCUGUAAACCACACUGACUGUCUGCAGUCAUAUCUGCACCACUGUUUCGACGGCAUCACCGGUGAACUAGCGCAUGCUUUCUUCCCCCCCACCGGAGAGAUCCACUUUGACGAUGAUGAGUACUGGAUUCUAGGAAACAUGCGCUUCAGCUGGAAUAAAGGAGUUUGGCUGACUGAUCUAGUUCACGUUGCAGCUCAUGAGAUUGGUCAUGUACUGGGUUUGAUGCAUUCCCAGAAUCCCAAAGCUUUAAUGCACCUCAACGCAACACUGACGGGCCGUAAACUCAUCACUCAGGAUGAGGUCUGGGGAUUACAUCGACUCUACGGCUGUUUGGAUCGUUUGUUCAUCUGUCCAGCGUGGGCGAGGAAGGGUUACUGUGACAGUAAGAGGAGACUCAUGCAGAAACACUGUCCCUCCAGCUGUGACUUCUGUAACGAAUUCCCAUUUCCCAUUGUCCCACCAACUGCAACACCCCCACGGACAAAACACAAGUUUGUCGCAGAGGGCAAGAACCUGACCUUCCGCUGUGGUAAGAAGAUAGCAGCAAAGAAAGGCAAAAUCCACUGGUAUAAAGACGGUGAGUUGCUGGAGUUUUCUCACCCCGGCUACAUUUCCCUGAAGGAUGACCACAUCAGUAUUGUGGCAAACGCCAUCAAUGAGGGCACGUACACCUGUGUUGUGCGCAAGAAGAGCAAGGUGCUCACCACGUACUCUUGGAGGGUACGAGUGCGCUUCUGAGGUUGCAUCAUAUAGCCAAACCAUUAAUGCAAACACACUGGAUAAAACCACAUCCACAUCGGCUGUGUCCUGAUUGGAAGAGAGGGCUCUGACAUCACUCUUCUCAGGAUAGACUUAUGUUUGAAGAAACAUAGAAAUAGUGAUACUUGCUUAAAAAGCAAUGUUAAAGUUCACCACCUUACAGUGGACCCUCGCUCACGUGGGCACAUUCAUACACAAAAUUGCAAAAUGUGAUUAAUAUCUUGUAUGUUGUAAAUAAAUUUCUUAUUUGCCAAAUAAACAAUUUAUUAUGUGA